AAAUGCCUUGGUUGUACUCGAGCAGGAUGGAUUCAUUCAUAAGACAAGAUCGGCUACUGUGCACCGUAAAACUAGCUAACGUACUCCGGCGCACCGUGAACGGACUUUAUGGAUCUAUAACCGCAUGAUUUGACGAGCGGAUAAAAGGAGAGCGCUCCGAGGAUUUAAAGCGAAACGAGAGGACUUCUUAACAGAUUGAACUGGGACGCUUUUCCCCCUGAACGCGGGGAACUGGAUUAAGCUUCUUCAUGCAACUUUUUUGGAAAGAAACCAAGAGCAUCUCGCCGGGGAAUAACAAGAAGACCAGUAACGUCCCCCUCCUUUAGUAAUCUUCUUGUGUGUGCCGCUGCCCUGCCGCUGCAGGUGACAUCGCGCUCUCUCCGGUAACUGCAGGUGUCUCGUUCUCUCUCGGUCCCUGCGGGGAGAUGUACCAAGGGUUCCCCGGCGACCCCGACAGCGGAUCCCGUGGAAGCUCGUCUCCGUCCAUAGAGUCCCAGUACCUUUCCUCCGUGGACUCCUUCGGGAGCCCGCCGACCACCAGUGCUCCGCAGGAGUGUGUGUCAGCGGGAGCUGGCUUGAGCAUUGUGGGCAGCGGGCCAGGGGCCAGUGUCGGAGGGGAGAUGCCCGGAUCAUUUGUACCCACCGUCACCGCCAUCACCACCAGUCAGGACCUGCAGUGGAUGGUGCAGCCGACCCUCAUCUCUUCCCAGGCCUCUGGACAGAGCGGGUCCACUGGCACCACGACCAUGACCCAGCCAGUGUCACUGGUUGACCCAUAUGACAUGCCAGGCCCCAGUUAUUCUUCAAGAUCUGGAUUCACUCCUCCAAGUUCAGAUACUCCAGGCCCGGCACCAGGCCCAAUCCGCCAGUCCAGAACCCGCAGCCGCCGUACACGAGACGAGUCUGUGAGUGAAGAUGGAGAUGUUGGUGUGUUACUAACACCUGAGGAGGAGGAGAAGAGGCGUGUUCGUCGAGAGAGAAACAAGCUGGCCGCCGCCAAGUGCAGAAACCGCCGACGAGAACUCACAGACAGACUGCAGUCGGAGACCGACAUACUGGAGGAGGAGAAGGCAGAGCUGGAGGCUGAGAUCUCGGAGCUGCAGAAGGAGAAGGAGCGCCUGGAGUUUGUCCUGGUGGCCCACCAGCCGAACUGCAAGAUCCCAUACCAGGACCAGCCUCAGCAGGGCUCAGCGCAGCUCCCUCCGGUCCAGUCCCAGCUCCCUCCGGUCCAGUCCCAGCUCCCUCCCCAGACCUUGCAACCCCCCGUCUCCAUCGUGGGCUUGACUGUGAAGGAAGACUCUUUCUAUCUGCCUCCUGCCUACACACCCCACCCGGCCUCCACACAGUCCCAGCCGCCGGUUCAGCAGCAGCAGCAGCAGCAAGUCCAGCAGCAGCCUCAGCCAGGGAUAAUGCAGGAGGUAGAGUUUUCUAGUUCUUUCUAUGGCUCAGCUGAGCCGGCACCUGGUGGGCCGUGCCUCAUGGCCAGCGACAGUGGUGGUGGUGGUGGUAACCAUGACGAUGCGGCCAUUGGCAGCUACAACACCUCAUACACAUCUUCAUUUGUGUUCACCUACCCAGAGGGAGCCUGCGGGGUCAGUGCCAACCAGCGGAACAGCAGUAGCGAGCAGUCAUCUGAUUCCCUGAACUCGCCCUCGCUGCUGGCGCUCUGACUGACCGACAGACACAUGCGCACACAUAUCAACACGCACACACAUUAUGCUCGCUGGAAGUAAAGGCUUAGGCAAGUACAUGCACAGUGCCAAUCAGUCUCGCAGAUUGAGAUUUGUAUCUGAUUGGGGUUAAAGUUUACACUUUCUGAAAUGCAUUCCAAUUAAGAGCCAUACAACCCAACCCGCAUUGAGCUUAAACAAUGAGUAAAUUCGUAUUUCGUAUUAUCAGAGUACCUGCAACUGGACAAGACGCAGUGAAUUGAAACUGAGUCACUAGACCAAGUCCAAGUUGCCAAUUGUCACGUGCUCUGAAUCAACAGAUUCAUUCACAAUGAAUACUCUCAAUCUACAACAUGUACAGUGCAUCAAAUAAGAUGCCAUAAGCUCACUUUACACUCCAACAAGCACCAGUGCCCCCACCUUGUUCCCUCUGUCGGUUGCCCCCCUUUCCAGUGCUCUUGCUCUCAUCCUUUUCCAUCCCUCUCUCCCUUCUUCUUCUCGCUGAAUGUAUUUGUGCAGGUCUGAAAUAGGGAUGAAGGACACUUUGUUCAGGGUCUUUUCUUGCGGGGGAGACACACUGCUGAUCUCCCUCCCCGCUCACCUCUAACCCUCCAUCCGCUCGACUUCCUUCUGCUUCUUCAUUUUGCUGCUUGGACUUUGGCGAGUUGGGGAUCUGAGUAUCACAGCAUCCGCUAAAUCUUGUGCUUUCUUCUCUCGUUUUUAAAAAAAAAAAAAUCUUCUGCCAUCUGCCUACCUGCCAUGCGAUCCAUCUCUACCCAUCUCUGUUUCUCCUCUUCUGUCUCUGUGUUUCUCCCUCUCUCUGAAGUCUUCGACCCCCGAGAGCCCGAAGACCCCCUCCAGCCCUUGGGACCUUGAGUGAAUGCCGGCCCAACUAACACGCCCUUUUGCACCCUUCUCAUACAAGGACAUGGACGCAACCCCUCAAUACAGAAGAACCUUUAUCUUGGAGCGCAUUGCUCAAUGAGGAUCCUUAACAGUGAACAGCAGCUAAAUACUUUUAACAAAUGCACAUAGAUGCAUAAUUUGAUGAACUCAAAAUGCAAGACGGACGCCACUGUCUUCUGCUGAGCCAUUUUUUGAUGUUCACGAUGAUGAAGAUUAGACACAUCUAAUGUCGUGAGGUGAGUUAAAAGUGAGGAUGGAGAGAGAUUUUAGUGGGAAGGGAGGAAGGAAGCGCAAGCAAGCUGGACAGACUCAAAUGGAGAGGUGAUGGAUAGAGGAUGACCUCCAUCCUAACCAUCUAUUUUUGGAACCAAAUGUUAAAAAAAAAAAAAAAGAAAAAAAAGAAAAGAAAGAAAGAGCCAAAUGUUAAAAAAACAAAGCAAAAAAAAAAAAAAGAAAGGAAAAAACAUCCUGCUCUUGCCAACUGUGUGGAAGGGUGACCUCAGUAAACACACCUCCAUACCGCAGAGCCUCAUCACCCUGGGCCUACAUGCGCAUAUUCACACCAUCGCUUCUCAAGUCUCUGAACUGAAGAUACAGACGUUUUGUUGCAUCGCACCAGCUCCGUGUUUUGCUCAGAAUCAAUCAGAUGUGAACCGAUGCCUUUAUUUAGAGGAGAGACGUGUUUUUUUUCUUCCUUUUUUUGUAGUGAUUCAGACAACCUCUAAGCACUGGGCUCAGUGGUCUCCGUACCCUCCCCCCCUCCAUUCUCUCAGAGGAGAUGAGGUGGUGGUGGUGGUGGUGGGGGGGUGCAUUUAUUGUGAGUGUGUCCACUCUGAGGCACCUGGCCCGUUUAUUUCUUUCUUUAUUGAGGUUGAUGUGGCGAGUGAGCACAAAGCAAGACCUGGAAACAAAAGAGGAGAACAUGUGGGCUGAUGUUGUGGAGUGAGCGUCCUUUCUUUGCCUGUGAAUUUGUACAAUUUGUUUUUCCUGUAUGUUUGAGUGAGAAUUGUUAUAUAUUUUAAUGUUUAUGUUUGUUUGUGUGUUUGAUUGUUUUGCAAUGACCUCUGCUUUCUCUUGUACUGUUGCCGUUUCUUGUUUUCUUUUUUUUCAACUUUUUUUUUAAUCGGGAGAUUUCCUCAUAACUGUUACUAUUAUUAUUGCAUUGUAACUAUUGUUUCAUUAUUUUAUUGUAUUUUCAUUUGGCAACUUCAGAGGCAUGUUGUGCACUACAAAAAAAAAAAAAAAUCCUAAUUAUAAGUCUAUAUGCAUAUACAUAUAUACAGGUAACAUGUAUAUAUAAGUGUAUGUACCAUGAUUGUAAAGUAUGAAUGUCUGCAGAUCUAAAUGGGAUAUUUUUGUCAAUGAAGAACAAGAUAAAAUGUUACUGAGGUUUAGUUUUAAAAUGAAUAUUUUUCUAAAGGAACAAAAAAAAAGAACCUAUAUUAGACUUAAAGUACCGCCCUGUCCCUCAACAUGAAGCACGAUGUCACUGCCUCUAUCAAUGUGUAUUUAUGUUUUAUAAACAAUAUAAAGCACUAUCCAGUUACAUUAAAUGUAUGUUUAUAAUUAUGAUGUUAGAAGGUUGUGGUAACGCCUUUGUUUUGUUUGUUUGUUUUUUCUCUGUGAGGUCUGUCCCAAAGCUACUGACACCUUAAUGCCACUUGAUCCUUAGCAGAUGCAAAAUGAGGGAAAAAAACAACAACAAAAAAAAAAUAACAAGUGUGAUUGAAUGUCAAUACACAUAUUAAUAUACACAUAUUAAAAGUGUUCAGACUACAACAUGAUGACUAAACUGUUUCAUUUAAGGACAAAGUAUUUCAUACCUAGUAUGUAUUUCUGUCCAGUAUAAACAUAUCACUCAUUAGCAUUGUUAUUUCCUAACUGAAAUGUGUGUUUUGAAGGAUAACUGCAGCUUUAGCCUUGAUAUAAACAUUAUGAUGUUAGUUUUCCAUUCUUGUACUCAAACAAACAUGUUGUCUAAUUGAGUUUAAAAAACAACAACAACAACAACAUUGUGAUUGUAUUUGCUGGAUAAGAAGCUUUAUUUUCAAUAAACAAACAUGUUUACUCAAAGCAAUGGCUAGAUUAAUGGCAUAAAUCUUCGUUCACACGUGGCUCUUGGUGGUCAGGAAAUGGGCAGACCUCAUUUUUUUAAAUGUUGAAUAAGGACUGUGUAUGUACAGAUGUUGGAGAUGCCUUUUGAUUUCUCUCCAAAUGCAAAUGUGAUGAGAAUAUGUUCUGGUGUGAGAGUAAGCAUAAAACAUAUUCAAUAGUUCUCAUGUAUAUAGGUUUUUGUGGUGCUACUUAUAGUAUACUACAAUGACGAAGCAGUUUCACAUUGUAUGGUGGAAAGGUUACACAUUGCUUGUCUUAUCAGGAUGUUUUACUCUGAAAGGAAGCCAAUAACACAGUGAAUUCCCCGCAGCUGAAGCUCUGAGAGCCCAUUAAUCACUCUGUGAUUUCAUUAUAGUUUAAUAUCAAUUGUCUGCUCUUUAAGUGUGAUAAACAGAUCUCAGAGGGCCCUUGCACUGUACCUGCACUCCACACUUGUGCCCCUGAUCACCACACAACAUAUUAGACUCAUUCUUUCAUCUAAUUCCUUUUACCUUGGAUUUAACUGAAGUGGUCUGAAAUUGCUUUAAAUCUUUAUUUUCCUGUAAGGUCACAAUCACAACUGGGUUGCUAAUGAAUUGGUAAAGCUUAAAAUGAGAAAUAUUUAGCUACCAGUUAUGAGACAGAGAAACUGCCUGCGCCUACCUGUACUGUACAAUGGCUACAUCAGCGUUAACUGAACAAGAGCUUUCCUAUUUUUCUAUGAUGAGGUGAAUGUUGUUAUGUAUUUCUAUUUUUCCACAAGUCCCAUAUACAGUCUGCUCUGAUUUCAUAUUUUCCCUGGUAUGACAUGCAAUACUUAUUAUCUUCUUGGAUAAACAUAAUGUAGCAAAUCAUGCAGUGCUCAAACUGACUGCUACUCUAUGUCAAGUGUGAUGAUGUAUUGCUUUAAUUAUCCAUUUUUGUUACAAUAUUAAAAGUUAUCCUCACUAAUUAUCAUAACAUUUAGUUUGGAGACAAUCCUCAUGAAACAAGUGUGUUACAAUUUAUCUAAAAUAUAUUUUUUCAGUUACUGAUGACUAGCAAUGUUCCUCCAUUUCAAAAUGUCAUUGCUUUUAUGACAAAACAUUCAGUUUUUUUUUGUUGUUUUUUUUUUGCAACAAUUUACCCUUUGUUUCUGAGAGCAAAUGUGUUACAAAGUGUCACAUUUGGAAACAGAAAACAUGUUAUCUGAUACAUUUUGAAGUUUGAACAGUGAAAGGCCUAAAGGAACUUGUGCUAAAUGUGACAUUGUGAGUCUUAGAUGGCAAAUGUCAUUUAUCUCAUGAAGGUGCUCUGAUAUGAAAUCUUUUUUUUUUUUUUUUUUUUGGUGCAUAAAAUUCAACAUAACUGACUAGUUCUCAGCACAUCACUAUAAAGUAUGGUUUACUUAUUUUAUAUUUUCAUUUAUUUUUAUUCCUGAAGAGGACCAAAGUGUAUCACAUAUUUGCCAUUUCGCUUUUGCAGUCCCUGCUCUCUGAUCCUCUGUCUCCAUAUUUCAGCUUCUGGCCCUUUUUGCUGUUCUAUAGAAGUUUACAUGACCAAGUUUUUUUUCUCAGUUUCUAGACUGCAAAAGCUGGAUGAGCUGUCUCCUUUAAUGAUGGUUUGACCAAAUGCUAUUCAUUUCGAAUUUGUGAAGAAAUUACAUAAAUAAACAACAUAUUAUAA